UAGCUAAGCGAGUAACGCCAUCUCAUAAACUGUUUGAUCGAAACUGGAAACUAGAAACCACAUUGCUAGCAGAAUCCGCUGCGGAGAAGAAGAGAAUCCAAAAACCAUUUCUCCUCUCUCUCUCUCUCUCUCCCCCUUUCUCUCCCUCUCGCUGCAUAUACAUUCAAUCCUGCAAUCACAUUCACGUUCCCAUUCACGUAGAUACAACCUUUUCUCUCGCUCUAUAUAUAUUGCUGCGUGAAUUCUAUUGCAGAUUCUAGCAACAAUGGGCUACGAAAACGAUCCGUACCGCGAUGAAGAAGGAGAGCCGCUGAUGGACUUCGACGAGGAUUUCCAGUCCGAUCCCGAACCCGGAGGAGUCUCCGAUCACAAUCACCACCUCCUCGAUGACGACGAAGACGACAAUUGGCGCCGCCGGCAGCGUUCUCCGACGCCUGUCUACAAUGAUCUCGGCUCCAAAUCGAAGCCGCGGAAGCGGCUAAUCAAGAAGAGCGGGGUGGCGGAGGAGACUCCGGAUUUCGGCAUUGGGGAUCGGGUCCAGGACGAUAGGAUGUCGUCGGGUGGUGGGAAGAGGAAAAUGGUUUCGAAGGAUGGUAGCAGUGGUAUGAAGAGGGAGAAGCAGUCAAAGUUAGAGAGGAGGGAUAGGCAUGGGAGUGAUAAGGGUGGGAAGACAAGGAAGGGGGGUGGGCACUCGGGAGGGCGGUUGAGAGGUCACAACGGUGAUGAGGAGGUCAAGGAGAUGUGGGAAACCAUUGCUGGUGGUGACUCUGAGGAGGAUCAAGAAGGUGCUAGAACCAUUGAUGAUGAUAACUUCAUAGAUGAUAGCGGUGUAGAUCCUGCUGAUCGGUAUGGAAAUGACAAUGAACCAAGGUCUCCUAGUGAUGCGCCACAGGCUGAAGAGGAUGAAGAAAUCAAACAACUCUUUAAGGGAAAGAAAAAGAAGAAAGGCGAGAAAAGUGCUGCAGAGAUAGCAUUACUAGUUGAAAAUGUAAUGGCUGAGCUUGAAGUUGUGGCUGAAGAAGAUGCAGAACUCAACAGACAGUCAAAACCUGCUAUAAACAAACUCAAAAAGUUGCCUCUUCUUACUGAAGUUCUCUCAAAGAAACAGCUUCAACUAGAAUUUUUGGAUCAUGGAGUGUUAACUCUUCUGAAAAAUUGGCUUGAACCCCUUCCAGAUGGAAGCUUACCAAACAUAAACAUCCGUGAAGCAAUAUUGAAGAUCUUAACUGAUUUUCCAAUUGAUCUUGAUCAGUACGAUAGAAGGGAACAACUGAAGAAGAGUGGCCUUGGCAAGGUUAUCAUGUUUUUGUCAAAGUCUGAUGAGGAGACGAUAGCCAACAGAAAGCUUGCAAAAGAUUUGGUUGAUAAAUGGAGUCGUCCAAUAUUCAAUAAGAGCACCAGGUUUGAGGACAUGAGAAACUUUGAUGAUGAGAGGCUCCCAUUUCGGAGGCCACCUGGGAAAAGGCCCAUGAAUAAAGCUCCAGGAAUGGAAUCUAGAGAUGAUGAUCUGGACUUGGCUGGAUUUUCAAAGGAAUCAAAGUCUGGCCUGUCAUCUUCCAGGCAACAAACAUCCAGGCCUGAGGCAAUGCCGCUGGAUUUUGUGGUCCGUCCUCAAUCUAAGAUUGACCCAGAUGAAGUUAGGGCCCGUGCUAAGCAGAUUGUACAAGAUCAGCGCCGUUUGAAGAUGCAGAAGAAGCUGCAACAGUUGAAAGCACCAAAGAAGAAGCAGCUUCAAGCUACAAAACUUAGUGUUGAGGGUCGCAGCAUGGUCAAAUACUUGUAGUCAGCUUGUUUGUUGAGUUAACAAGCAGAAGAAUGCGUUGCAUGUAUUCAAUAAUCUGAAGGGCUCCGGUAAUUUCUCUCUGGGAUCUGAGGCUUUGUGCCAUAAAUGAGCUGGAAUUGCAUAUUUUCCUGGCUUCUUGAUGGAUUGCAAAAUUGUCAGAAGCUGACUCCUUGAUUGGUGGAGACUUUUUCAUGGUUUAAGAACUCUCCUCGGGUUCUUUUGAUAUCGCUCUAUAUAUUAUCCCCCCUCCCCCCUCUGAUGGUAAUAUUGCGGAAUAUCAUUAAGCUGCUGUCAGUGAUGGUUAUGGUGGAACAAAAAGGUUUCUUUUCCAAUAAAGUGUGAUACUUUUUUUUUAAAUAUAUAGUGUAUUUUGAGGCCUUUUAUGGCAUGUUGACUGGCAGAUGGGCCUUCUUAGGUACUGUAAAAGGAAAACAAUUAUGGGCUUGCUGAUGAAAAUAAGGAAGUUUAUUUAUUGUAUCUAAUUGCUAAA